AACCCCAAAAUCAUUGCUUGCCGCCAAACGUCAAACAGUCUCGCGAACUUCCACAACAAAAUAUCGUUUUCCCGAUGGUGAAUCUAAAAAUUUAAUAUUUUUACGUGAAAAACUGUGAGUUUCAGGAAAAUAAUUAGUUUAAAACGUGUAGCAAGUGAGCCCCUACCACAUACCAUGGAUAAAUCGUUCGGAUCGCUGUUUGGCCCGUCGAGAAACAAUUCCAUCUCGCGGUCACGCCAAUCACUUGGCGGUUCGCUCUUUUCAGCCGGUGGCCCAGGACGCAAGGGAUCGAUUCUGCCGAGCGGACCGAUAGGCCGCAAGGGGUCCGGACGAUACAGCCUUUCGACGCGGUCCAACAUUUCCACCCUCCAGGUGGUGGCCAAAUCGGAAUACAACAUCCUAGAAUGCUACGGACUGCCCCUUCCGGUGCAGGUUAGUGAGAUUCUCACUUUUGCCGAGCGGAAUGCCCCGGUGUCGAUCAACUACAGUCAGAACGGAUGGGCCUGGUUGGUUCACGGUCGCCGUCUGCUGAUCUGGCAGUACCGGGAGAGUCAUUCGAAGGCAAUGGCCGCGUCUGCUGGCAUUGCUGGGGGCGAUAACUUCCCAACGCCGCGACGAGCGCUGGCCAGUCAGUGUCGUCAGCUGACGUUGCCCCAUUGCGACAUUGGCCACAAGGCUGCGCUGAUAACGGUGUUCAUAGCGGAAGGACACCAGAUGGCUUCUUGCCUGGCGGUUUCUCCAGCUGGCGAUGUCCGCUACUGGCCUUCGAUUGCCCACGAUGGCUCGUCGAUUGACGAGUGCAACAUCCUGGAGGGACAGGAGUUCGAAGAGCUGGUUGGGCUGAGCAGUGGCAACUAUCUGCUGGUGACGACCACGUGCAGUUUGGUGCAGUUGCAGAUUCAGCUGCAGGGCGGAAGGCAAACGAUUGCGGCGCGGCAGAUCAAACCGCCGUCGGGAUUCUUCGGAGGCAUUGGAAAGAAGUUCGCAUCGAUAAUCAUCGGAAUGCACAGCAUUCCGGAACGGGAAAAUAAAUUGAUCCGAAUCAACAGCGAGAAAGUGUCCAGCCACGAGUGGCACAUCACGGUGCUGGCCGAUAAAUGGAUCCAACGGUGGGCGUUCAGCCCUUCUGGGUCGAAUGAACGUUUCCUCUGUGAAGAUGCGGAAAUUAUUCGCAAAAUUAGGGAAUUCUUUCUGGGCAAACUUUGGAGCACCAGUCGCGACCCGAACGAAAUAGAACUCUGGACGCUGGACAUGCAACCGACGGAUCGGGGAGUGCUGAUUUUGGCCGCUGCAUGUAAUAUGCAACGUACGGGGCCUCAGGUGCAUUACGCUUUGCUGACGUUCGUUUACGAGGGCGACGGUAUGGUUCUGAAGGAAAGCGUAAUGAUGAAGUACAAGGGAUUCUACAGUCGGGAACGGGAAGGCGAGUGCACUUCUUUCAAGUUAAUAGCCAAUAGAGCGGUGGCGUACGUGUACAACGACAAAGUCAUCUAUCCGGUGAUUUUGGACAGGAACUCCGGCAGCUCGGCGAAUAGCGAAAGCAGUAGCCCAAGUGAGGAUGUGGAGAAAAUCGAGUUCAACGUCCAGGACGAUGGAAUCCUGGCUGGUAACUCUUUCCAGAACACGGCGCUCUUCUUUUCUAAGAUUCACGGCCUGGUUGUCGUGACUCCUUCGGAUUUCGAGCCCAGUAGCGAAGUAUUCAACUCGUCCGUUUCUUCCGACGUCUUCAAUCCUAACAUUUCCGUGAACGAUUCCGGUUUCAUUGCACAAUCGAUUUUUGCUCCAGCCACUACCAACGCCGGUAAUCUUGUCCUGUACGAUUUGGAUCCGGAAGAGAUUAGCAGCGCCGAGAAGGAUAAUGUCAGCCAAUUGAAGGCAGCCUUCAUCUACUACAUCAAACGUAACACCCCAGCGUCUAACGAAAUUAUCAACGAACUACUGCAAACCCUCGAACAGAAAUCCCUGGACAGCGAGCUCGAUCAAACAGUCUUAACGAUUGCGCAGGAUCUUGCAGAGGAUAUCCCAGCUGCCGACCCACGAUGGGAAGUUACCACAAAGCACGCCCUCGGUUCCUCAACAUCAAUGCAAAUCGUCCAGCAACUCCGCGAAAAGAAUAUCGCUCUCACCCAGUUCCUGGAAUUCCUCCACGGAUCCUCCCUUUGGGACAAACUGACCGCCACCACCUCCGGCGACACUAUCCGGCCCACGGGCCACCUCUUGGCCGACAUAGCCGAGAAGAUCGUCGCCGCCAUCGCCCUCAAAUGUUUGCACAACAGCCACUCCCGAAUCAUCGACGAAGCCAUCGAUCUGGUCCUCAAGGAGAGCAAUCGCUCGCCACCGUCCCCCAAUCUCACCAACCAAGACCUAUUCUACGUACAGGUCAACCAGAUCCACGAAAUCUUCAAAGUCUUCGGCGAACUGGUCGAGAACUACGUCAAGCAGGAGCUCACGACCACGCAGAUCCAAACGGCCCUGGUGGAGAUCAACACGAUCACCGUCACCGUUCUGCAGGAGGUCACCAAGUUCCGGGAGCUGAAAUCCGAUCUGUUCGCCGUGCGAGACGAACUACGGCGGUACGAGUACGUUCCGUGGACGGCUUCGUCCGGGCGGUACGGCUUGAAGGACGUCCUGCUGCACAUGAUCAGCAACACGCUGAACUACGGCAUCAAGGGCAGCGGCGAGCCGGAGUUCAAGAUCAAGCACUACCAGCACAUGACGGACCUGGUGGACUUUGUGCUGGACGGGCGCAAACGGCUGCUCGAGAGCGUCCAGGACGAGGACAAGCGGGCCGUGCUGCUGCAGCAGUUCGAGUCGCAGAGGAGCGACUUGAUCUUUCCGCUGGUCGACGCCGAACAGUACGAGCUGGCCGCCAAGCUGGCGGAAAAGUAUCUCGACUUCCAGAUUCUGGUGGUGAUCUGCGACAAAACCAACAACCAAGCCCGCCUGGACGAGUACAUCGAACGCUACAAGGAGUACGACUUCUCGCAGUUCGCCAUCAGCUGGCACAUGCGCCAGAACAAACAGGGCGACAUCUUCCACCGCUUCAAGGGCAACCAAGCCGAGCUGGCCCGGUUCCUGUCCGAUCAUCCCUCGCUGGCGUGGAUUCAGCUGGUGUUCAACGGAGAACUGGCACAGGCUGCCGAUGUGCUGCUAGCCUUGGCGCAGAACGAGAAGGAACUCCUGAACAGGAAACGAGUCAUGCUUUCACUGUCGAAACUAUGCGCUCUGGCAGCCGAGGGCGACUUCAGUGCCCAGAUUACGGAGAUCAACUCGGAAGUCAGGUUGCUGGAUUUGCAAGAGCAAAUCCCGGUUGAUAUCCUGAACAUCUAUGGGUACGACACCAAGAAUGCCAAGGUCUUGUCUCCGGAGGAAAUCGUAGAUCUAUACAUCGCCGACGAGUACAGCAAAUCGUCCGAAACGGAAUUCCGCAAAGCACUAGAACUACUCGACUUCGUGGAGGAUCCCAUCGAGGUGCGGCACAAAAUUUGGUGCGCCGCGAUUCUGCGCGAUAACUGGGAGGACUACAAUCGGAGCGCUCCCUUGGACACCAUGCAGGGUAUGAUGUUCUUCCGGUUAAUUGACCUGUGUUACAUUCUGGAUGGAGAGCUGGAGAACUUCCUUCCGCCGGUGGAGAGCUUCCUCAGUGCACCGGAAUUGGGCGACCUGGUGGAAAGCAAAUCGUUCCAGUAUCUGAUAAAGCUGGGCUAUGAACACAUUUACGACUCUUACAAGAAAAAGUAAAGUAAGCGGAGAAUGGCGUGGGAAUGAGUUGCUUGUGACGAUCCCUGAUCCAGUGUUAUAGCGGUAAGUGUAUGUCAGAAUUGUAUGUUUUAAUAAAUAUCAUGAUAAUUAAA